AUGCCGUGCACCCUGACUCCCUGUCACGUGGCACACCCGCGUGAGGACUGGACGGCAGAGCAGAUCCUGGCGGAAUUCCAGCUGCAGGAGGAGGACCUCAAGAAAGUCAUGAGGAGGAUGCAGAAGGAGAUGGACCGCGGCCUGAGACUGGAGACCCACAAAGAGGCCAGCGUGAAGAUGCUACCUACCUACGUGCGCUCCACCCAGGAGGGCUCAGAAGUCGGGGACUUCCUCUCUCUGGACCUGGGCGGCACCAACUUCAGGGUGAUGCUGGUGAAGGUGGGCGAAGGCGAGGCCGGGCAGUGGAGCGUCAAAACCAAGCACCAGAUGUACUCCAUCCCCGAGGAUGCCAUGACGGGCACGGCGGAGAUGCUCUUUGACUACGUCUCCGAGUGCAUAUCCGACUUCCUGGACAAGCAUCAGAUGAAGCAUAAGAAGCUGCCUUUGGGCUUCACCUUCUCCUUCCCUGUGAGGCAUGAAGACAUCGACAAGGGCAUCCUUCUCAACUGGACCAAGGGCUUCAAGGCCUCGGGAGCAGAAGGGAACAACAUUGUGGGGCUUCUGAGAGACGCCAUCAAACGGAGAGGGGACUUUGAGAUGGAUGUGGUCGCGAUGGUGAAUGACACUGUGGCCACCAUGAUAUCUUGUUACUAUGAAGACCACCGGUGUGAGGUCGGCAUGAUUGUGGGCACAGGCUGCAAUGCCUGCUACAUGGAGGAGAUGCAGAACGUGGAGCUGGUGGAGGGGAACGAGGGCCGCAUGUGCGUCAACACCGAGUGGGGUGCCUUCGGGGACGCGGGCGAGCUGGAUGAGUUCCUGCUGGAGUACGACCGUGUAGUGGACGAGACCUCCAUGAACCCCGAUACGAGAAGCUCAUCGGUGGCAAGUACAUGGGUGAGCUAGUGCGGCUAGUCUUGUUGAAGCUUGUGGACGAGAACCUGCUCUUCCACGGCAAGGCAUCCGAGCAGCUUCGCACGCGAG